ACUUGACAAGUACUUUCUGACAAGUUUUUCUUGUUCGAGUGCAUGUCUCAAAUCACCGCCUUCCUUGUGACAUCACUCCUAAGAUUUUUCACCAAUGGUGAAACUUCCUCAUAUAUUUUAACCACAUUUUGUGUUCUCACAGACAGGCAGCAUCUAUAUCAGGUUCACGCUGACAGCAUUCCAUUCACCAUAACUGAAAAAAUGGCAGAUAAUAACUAUGUGUUUUACAUACAUGGAGCAGAGGAACAAAUGUGUUCUGGAUACCUCUACAAAUCUCCCCCGGAGAAUCAGUUCAAGUCACAGAAAUCAUGGAAAAGGAGGUUUUUUGUUCUUCUGAGGUACAGAAACAAUGUAUGCCAACUUAAGUACUACAAAAAUGAAGAGAAGAACAAACCACUGGGAGACAUCGACUUGUCUCAGGUCACAUACAUGUUCUUGCACCCCGAGAUGCACUCUAUGUGGAAAUGGAUUCAUAACAAUUUCAGAUGUUCUUCUUCCAGUGUAAUGUUUAUUAGAGUACCAGAAAGAGACUACUUCCUUAUAGGAGAAAACAGUUGGGAGAUGGACAAAUGGUUCACUGCUUUAUAUGACAUCUUAAAUAAUCGUACACACAGACUGCUGGAUCCCAAGACAUAUGGGUCGAACAGAUACAUUAGUGAACCCCCACAAUCAGACGAGGAUAAGCAGCAAACUGAGUGGUGUGAAACAAAAUAUGUUACACAUGAGUCAACAUCAUCUGUGACCCAUGAGCCCAUCUAUGUUUCUCCAGUAAAAAAGAGGAGUAAUAAGACUAAACUAACAACAGAAAUCAGUUAUGAAGAUGACGACACAGAUGGAUUGUCAGAAUGAAUAACAACUCAGGCUUCAUCCUCAACCGCCACUGUCACAACAAACCAACAGCCUGGAAACAAGACUGCAUUUAAGAUAUAUCUGUUUUGUUGUUUUAUUUUUACAGUUCCAGUAAUAUGUUGAAUUUAAUUGCAAAUAAAUGUAAAGCUGAACAGGAUUCUUUAUAUGUCAAUCAUAUAUUGUGUUUCACCAACUUGCACUAAAGCAAACCAAAAUUAAUAAUGUUUUUACAGUAUUACUAAACUGGACACCUGAUUUGAUAGUGAUAAUGAGAUGAACUGCAAAUGUUGUUAAUUUACUGAUAGCAAAUUUCACAUAAUUCACAAAAAUACAUAUACCAGUUAAGGGAAAUGAGCACAAGACAAUCAUUUUAGAACAAAAAAAAACAAAAACAGAACAAUACAGAAAAUAUAGAUUUUUUUUUUAUAUGUAUUAAAUAUAUAUUUAAAAAGCAUGUUUUGCUACAAAUGUAAGUUCUUAUAAACGUAUA